AUGGAGUCCUCACGCGGCCCUCCACGGGUCAAGAACAAGGCCGCCGCGCCUCAACAGAUCUCCGCCGAACAGCUGCUCCGCGAGGCCGUGGAUCGACAAGAGACGGGCGUGGUCGCACCGACCCAGCGAUUUGCAGACCUGGAAGAGCUCCACGAGUAUCAAGGGCGGAAACGCAAGGAAUUUGAAGACUAUGUCCGACGCAAUCGCAUCAACAUGGGCAAUUGGUUCCGAUAUGCCGCAUGGGAACUGGAACAGAAGGAGUUCCGCCGUGCGCGGAGUGUGUUCGAGCGUGCGCUGGACGUCGAGCCAACCAAUGUCACCACGUGGAUUCGAUACAUCGAGAGCGAGAUGAAGGAGCGGAAUAUUGCGCACGCGAGGAAUGUGCUGGAUCGCGCGGUAACAGUGCAACCGCGCGUGGCGAAGCUGUGGUACAAGUAUGUGUACAUGGAGGAGAUGUUGGGGAACAUCAAUGGUACGAGGGCGGUCUUUGAGCGGUGGAUGCAGUGGGAACCGGAUGAGGCGGCGUGGGGCGCAUACAUCAAGUUGGAGAAGCGUUAUGGGGAAUUUGAUCGGGCGAGGUCGAUUUUCGAGAGAUUUACGAUUGUGCAUCCCGAAGCCAAGAAUUGGCUCAAGUGGGCUAAAUUUGAGGAAGAGAAUGGGACAAGUGAUCUGGUACGGGAGGUCUUCGGUAUGGCGAUCGAGACGCUAGGUGAUGAGUUCAUGGACGAGAAACUGUUCAUCGCAUAUGCGCGAUUCGAGGCAAAGCUCAAGGAAUUUGAGCGGGCGCGAGCAAUCUUCAAAUAUGCCCUGGACCGAAUGCCGCGAUCGAAAUCGGCGACACUGCACAAAUCAUAUACGACAUUCGAGAAGCAAUUCGGCGACCGCGAGGGUGUCGUGGAUGUGGUGUUGGCGAAGCGAAGGGUAUUGUACGAGGAGCAGGUGACGGAGAACCCGAAAAACUACGACACAUGGUUUGAUUAUGCGAGACUGGAGGAGACCGGGCAAGAUUCCGAGCGUGUGAGGGAUGUAUACGAGCGGGCGAUUGCGCAGAUUCCUCCCAGUCACGAAAAACGACAUUGGCGGCGAUACCUUUAUCUCUGGAUCUUUUACGCCAUGUACGAAGAAUUGGAGACGAGGGAGUUGGAUCGCGCCGCGCAGGUCUACGAGCAGGCUCUCAAAAUCAUACCGCACAAGAAGUUCACCUUUGCAAAGAUAUGGAUUCUGAAAGCGCAAUUUCAUCUCCGUCAGCAACAAUUGGAUCGGGCGAGAAAGACGAUGGGAAUGGCCAUUGGCAUGUGCCCGAAGAAUCGCCUUUUCCGGGCGUACAUCGAUAUUGAGUUAAAGCUAUUUGAAUUUGCGCGGUGUCGAACGCUGUACGAGAAAUGGAUCGAGUUUGAUUCAUCAAACAGUCAAGCUUGGAUCAAGUUCGCAGAGCUCGAGAGAGGAUUGGAAGAUCUCGAUCGGACGAGGGCAAUAUUUUCCCUCGCAGUGCAACAAGAUGUAAUUGAUAUGCCGGAGCUGGUCUGGAAGGCUUUCAUCGAUUUUGAGGAGGAAGAGGGCGAAUACGAUCGUACGCGGGCAUUAUACGAACGACUGCUGUCCAAAACAGAUCACGUCAAAGUCUGGACAAGCUACGCGCACUUCGAGAUCAACAUUCCCGAAGGCUUCGAGGGCGAAGAGGCCGAAGACGAGGCCGAAGCAGCGCCCAUUUCCGAUGCAGCCAAGGCGCGAGCCCGCAAGAUCUUCGAGCGCGCACACAAGAUCUACCGCGAUCGGUCCCUCACAGACGAGCGCGUGCAAAUUCUCAACGCAUGGCAGAGUUUCGAGGAGGCGCACGGCACACCGGAGGACCAGGAGCGCAUCGCGAAGCAGCAGCCGCGCCAGGUCAAGAAGCGGAGAAAGCUGGACGACGAUUCCUUCGAGGAAUACUACGAUUACGUUUUCCCCGCGGACAACGAGAGCAGCGCGGGGGUGAACAAGUUGAUGCUGAUGGCCCAGAAGUGGAAGCAGGAGCAGGCACGGCAGGCAGAGACUGCAUCGUGA